CACCAAAGCCGCCACAGCCUUCCGCAUCCAAGUUCCAAACACCACUUCGGCACUUCCUGCUCCCCGCCGACUUCGCCGGCGACCUAACAAUGGUCGACGUUUACCACCGGCCGACGCUCCCGCACGGCCUCCCGCCCCAUCCUUACCACGCCGCCGGCCUUCGCCGCCUCUCCACCCGCGCCUCGGCACCCAGUACCCCGGCUCCUCCAUCUCCCUCCGCAGCGGCGCCCUCCGCCGCGGCGGUUCUCGCUCACCUCGCUGCGGCCGGGGUUCCCGUCCUCCCGGGCCUCUCCGCAACCGAGCUUGCCCUCGUGGAGGCCGCUCUCGGCGGCGUCCAGCUCCCGCCCGACCUCCGCGAGCUCCUGGCGCUGGGCGUGCCCUCGGGGGACGACUUCCCGUGCUACCGGUCCUCCGCGGGGCUCCGCCUCCUCCGCUUCGCCGCGCAAGAGGUCCCCUCCGCCGUCGCCGCGACGCUGCCCCUCGCCCCCGGCCGGCGCGCGGGGCGGCCUCCGCCUCCCCUCGUCCCGCUCUGCGGCCGGCAUUACGUGCCAGCGACGCCCUGCCUCGUGGGAAACCCGGUGUUCCACGUGUCCGACUCCGGCGUGACGUUCGCGGGCGCCAACGUGGCCGACUUCCUCCUGCGCGCCUUCGCCGCCGAGGCCGAGCCGCCGCCGCUCCGGCGCCAGCUGUCCGCGCCGGUGACGCCGUCCCCCGCGACGCCCUCGAACACGGCGCGCCGGAGCCUGGACUCAGUCACCGGCAGGGCUCCGCGCUGGAUCGAGUUCUGGAGCGACGCCGCCGCGGCCGGGGACCGUUUCCUGGAGGUCGUCCCCACGGGCGCCACGACCACGAACACCACCGCGGGGCCGGGACCAGAGUGGCUGCGGCGCAGCCUGGAGCAGGCAAGCUCCGCGCUGACACGCGGCGGGUGGGAAGCCGGCGACGUCGAGGAGAUGACGGGUCCCAACGGCGAGGCGAACGUGGAUGUGGCAUUGACGCUGACGGUGGACCGGUGCUGCGGGGAGCUGAGGAGGGGACGGUGGGGCGCGGAGGAGGUGGUGGAGAUGCUGGGGCCGCUGCUGGGACCGAGCAGGAAGGCGCGGCGGGCGGCGGUGGCGCUGCCGCCGGACGUGGCUGCGCGGGUGGGGCGGCUCGCCGAGGCGGUGUCGCGGGCGGUCGGGCCCCGUGGGGGUGGCCGAUCGAGACCCCCGAGGCCAUUUUGAAAAUCUAUCAUUGUUUUCAGGUUCCUAGCCUGGCCAAAAAACUGUGGCGUCUGUGCCCGUGUUCCCUCGCUCGCUCCCAGUGUUUGAGUACGUGCGUGCGUGCACGUGUACUCCACUUGUUCAGAUCAGUGCAUGCAUGCAUGGUUUGUUUACGAGAUCCGGUGCAGAGACGCACGCAGCAGGCCAUUUGUCGGGCGAUGAACGACGUGGUCGAGCCGGGAGUGC